GCGUCAUGGAUAUCCUCGUCAUCUAGAUUCAUUCGUAAAUACUUUAAAGUCUACGUAACUAUUAUGAUAUAAAUCUAGAUCUAGGAAAGUAAGUUUAUUUUCUCAAAUAGUGCAAGUAUCCUAUAGUUCUGUUUCAGUGCAUUUUAUGUCAAUAAUAAAUAUUUGUUCAAACGGAAAAGGGAUGUAAAAUGCCACAGAAGGUUCCCUCGUUCAAACAAUCUAUAUAAAUGAUAGAGGCGUCUUGACAACGGAAUGUUUGUGACUAACCCCUCUGAAUAAUAACAAGGAAACCUAAAUGGAUUCAACAUCUACUGCUAGGACAUCAAACAAGGACUGUUGAGCAUUCUGAACACACAGAAGAUGAGACCAUACCAGGAAGUCUCAGACAUAGUUUUACAACUACAGGGCUUGGAAGAACUAAAGAAUUUCUUCACAAAUGUUUUUGAUGAGAUUAACUUGAUCAAAAUAAAAGGUGAAUUGUGGAUUGAGGAAAAAGAAACAUCGACUUUCUUAGAAGUCAAGGACUAUCUCAGGGAGAAAACUUCAGAAAUUUUACAAAAGUGUAUUUUCGUAACAAAGAAUAAAAUAGAUUCUAGUGCCGCACUAAAGAGUCAAGAAUUGAAGAAAAUUGAGAAUGUCGUGGAGGAUCAACAAUCAACAAUGGAUCAGAUGGAUGAGAAAAGAAAGGCAAUGUUUAGUACAAGCGAAAGUGGGAACACCAACCAAUGGAACGACUUACAAAAAGCUAUCCAUGAAAGAUUUGACAAGUUGAAAGAAGACAUCAAUGCUAGACAACAAGUUGUCUCCAUUUGUAUGUCACAGCUACAAACUCGAUGUGAUAGUUUGUUGAAAGAACAAAACAAUGAGAAAGAAAGAAGCAAGAACCAAGAAAUGAAGAUAGAACAAAUGUGGCAAAUACAAAAAGACUUCAAUAGCAGGUUGGAAGAAAUUCUGAAGACUCAAGAACUUCUCGGUAAACUUGCUGAUACGACUAUCGGGAAACUAGCUGAUUUAGAUCUAACCUCUAAACGGGAUCAUAAUUAUGCUUUUGAAGGGACUUCUUUUUCUGAAGAGUUUCAUUGUCAAGCAACUGGCCAGUCUGAUGUCCAGUGUAAUAAAUACUGUCUUCAUAUUAUAGGUCAACAUGAACAACAAAUAUCAGAUGCUGGGGAAACGGAUCAUCGCAAAUACUUGAAGGAAUGCUCUCGGAAUCCAGGUCACACAAAAUUUACCCCAGUCAAUGCAUUCGGCUUAUAUCAUCUGCCUGAAGGUCACCGUGACAAGGAUCUGUAUGACCUAAUCAAGGCCGCGUCUGACCUGACAGUGAAAGUGAGUGUCACUAUGACCAGCCAACACAGACCAGAGUUUUGGCCAAACACAGAAACUCCAUAUGUUCUGUACAACAUGAGAGGGACUAAGCAAUUGAGAACAGGCACUGGCUAUGUCAAUUUCGUCGAAAAACUUACAAACGAAUCCUGUCCAUGUGAUGGCUUAAAUCAAGUCUGGUGGAAGAUUACAAUGUGGACAGCUACAAACUUAAUUUUUGAUGAUAUCGAGGCCAAGAAAACGACCCUGAGAUUUUUCUAUGACCACAAACAUAGUCCAGAAAUUGAACUUAAAGUCUUUCCCAUCUAUUCCUCCCACGACGUGGCCCGAGACAUUUGCUGGAUUCAAUUCGAUACGUGUGAUCGUUUCAUUGCAGAGAGACUCCAGAGAGCGAUUACACUUUACAAUGCUUGUAAGAAAGUCAACAAUAAGUACGCUCCAUCUAGUGAGAUGAACAAGUUGAUAUUCAUUGUCUCCCACCCUCAUGGCUGUUACAAACAGGUCAGUAUUGGUCACUGGAACGACAAGUUUAAAAUGGGUUGUGGCUUUAAGUUGGCCCAUACAGCAGGUACAUGCCAAGGAAGUGCUGGAGCUAGAGUCCACUGUGUGGGGAAUGAUGAUUUAUGGGUGUACAGUGGACGUUCGAAAUCUGGACUUCAGUACAGCUGUUCCUAGAAGUACAUUGCGAGCGUUGCUAAUCAUUCUAAUUUAUUUGUAUUUAUUGCUAAAUAUGUUUCUGCUUUCAACAUGGAUAUUAAAUGUCCGUACUUUUAAUCCUAAGAUUUCUCAAGUGACGAGCUAAUCGUUCUGUUAACGUGGCGUACACAUAACAGGUCCACUAUGUAGGUCCUCCUGAACAGUAAGGUGAUCUCUCUACUGCCUGCAAUGUUUCUUAAUAACAGGUCCACCAUGUAGGUCCUUCUGAACAGUAAGGUGAUCUCUCUACUGCCUGCAAUGUUUCUUAAUAACAGGUCCACCAUGUAGGUCCUCCUGAACAGUAAGGUGAUCUCUCUACUGCCUGCAAUGUUUCUUAAUAACAGGUCCACUAUGUAGGUCCUCCUGAACAGUAAGGUGAUCCCUCUACUGCCUGCAAUGUUUCUUAAUAACAGGUCCACCAUGUAGGUCCUCCUGAACAGUAAGGUGAUCUCUCUACUGCCUGCAAUGUUUCUUAAUAACAGGUCCACCAUGUAGGUCCUCCUGAACAGUAAGGUGAUCUCUCUACUGCCUGCAAUGUUUCUUAAUAACAGGUCCACUAUGUAUGUCCUCCUGAACAGUAAGGUGAUCUCUCUACUGCCUGCAAUGUUUCUUAAUAACAGGUCCACUAUGUAGGUCCUCCUGAACAGUAAGGUGAUCUCUCUACUGCCUGCAAUGUUUCUUAAUAACAGGUCCACUAUGUAGGUCCUCCUGAACAGUAAGGUGAUCUCUCUACUGGCUGCAAUGUUUCUUAAACGUCCGUUCCCUCUUUGUUUAGUUUUGUUCUUCUUACCUGUCGAAGUAAUGCUUGUUAAACGCAAGGAAAGGGAAUCUCUAAUGUUCAGUUUACAACUUUACCCCUUUCGUGGUAAGGGG